GGCUUUGUGUAGCAUCUCCUUAAUCUGCAUCGGUUUUCUCACUCUAAAUAUUUCUUUUCAGUUAUAUCCACAUCUGCUCCUUUUUCUGUGAUUUAUACAAGGUCGGUGUGAUCAGCUGUCGUGACUCAUUGUUUAGAUUUAGUUUCCUCCUCCAGCCCUCCUCCUCUUCUUCCCCUCUUUUCUUACCCAGUAGUCCAGCGUGGCCAGGUGAACGCAGGCAGGCAGGCAUGACGACAGAUGGACAGCACAGGCCGAGGGAUUAUAUAUUAACAGCGAGCAGCUCAGAUUCUCUUGCACACACAAACACAGGUGUACCCGCCCACUCACGUAGGCCAGAAGAUACUGUUUUCCCCUAGACACGAGCCAGCAGAGUCAUGCCAGGGGCACAGCUGGUGUGGCACACCACAGCUGACACACAGUAGAAUUAGAGAGGGAAGGAUUUAUCCUAUGGACGGAGGACUAGAAGGCAGUUUUUCUCCAGUCACCAUGGAGGUAUGGAGCUCCUCUGCAUCUGAAGAAGAUGACGAAGAGAAGAGCACUUCCAGCUUCCUGGAUGAAAUGGACGAAGCGGAGAAGAAAUGCCUCAACAGCAAUAAUAAUAACAAUAAUCACCAGCUUUGCAGAGAAGUGACACAAGUGCUGUGCUCAGACAGAGUGGGCCAGGUCACCAAGACGUAUCAUGACAUUAAGGCAGUCACCCACCUGCUGGAGGAGAAAGAGCGGGACCUGGAGUUAGCAGCGCGGAUUGGUCAGUCCCUCCUGAAGCAAAACCAAGAACUAACAGCACGCAAUGAAAUGCUGGAUGAACAGCUUGAAAUCGCAACGGAGGAGAUUGCACAACUUCGCCAUGAGCUCUCUAUGCGAGACGACCUCCUCCAGUUCUAUGCGAGCACUGAGGAGAUUGAGAACGCUCAGUCAAAUUCACCGAUGAAAAGGAAUGAAUCUAGCAGUUCACUUGGAAACUUUGUCCACUACGACUUCCUGCAGCAGAAACUAAAGGGUUUAGAAGAGGAGAACCGCAAACUGAGAUUAGAGGCCAACGAGCUGUCAACUGAGACGACCAACUACGAGGAGCAAGAACAGGAGCUGAUGAUGGUGUGUGUGGAAGAACUAUCGUCUGCCAAUAAGAGGGCGGUGGAACUGUCAGAAGAGCUGGCACGGAAGGUGGAGGAUACUCUCCGACAGCAGGAGGAGAUCAGCUCGCUGCUCGCUCAGAUUGUUGACCUGCAGGCCCGAUGCAAAGGGCUCUCACAUGAGAACGAGGAGCUGAAUCAGCACCUGAGUACCUCCCGUGAGAGCCAGCUGAAACUUACAUCAGAGCUUAAGGACCUGCAGGACAAAUACUCGCAGUGUGAGGACAUGCUCCACGAGGCCAGAGAGGACAUCAAAAACCUGAGAAAUAAGAGCCUGCCCAACAGCACGGUGCAGCGGUACACGGCACUGGCCUCCGUCCUCCCUAUGGACUCUCUGGCAGCAGAGAUAGAAGGCACCUUCCGCAAAGGCCUGGACACCCCGGCUCCCUCAGAGUACAAGAACCACCCGUGGCGUGUGUUUGAGACAGUGAAGGUGGCGAACAAGGCCGUUAGGCUGCGGUCUCGGUGCCACUCACCGGGUUUGCCAGGUUCCAGUCCUGUGUCUGCACAUUCCAGCUGUACCAGCACCCCCAGAACCAGCUACUAUGGCUCUGAUAAUGCCAGCCUUACCCUGGAGGAGAAGCCCAGCUCCAAUCACACUCAAAAAGAAGACAAUGGUGCCAGUGGGCCAAAGCGUCUGGGUCAGCCAGGCACGCCGGGAGGCCAGGACCUCGAAGCAGCCUUGCGCAACCUCUCAGCCCGCCAGCAGAACCACUCCUCCGAACGGCCUUUCUUUGAUGUGGAGCGAGAACGGAAACUCCGUGCCUUGGCAGCAAACUCUGAGGAGGGUGAGGGCUCCAGCGGAUUCCUGACUCCAAACGACAGCCUGGACUCCAGCCCGGGAGCAUCGACAGGCACCAACUACUCCAACGGUAGCUCACGGCACUCCUGUGGCUCCUCGGGAGGAUCCAGAUCAUACCUGCCGGACCGACUGCAGAUUGUCAAACCUCUGGAAGGCUCAGUGACUCUGCACCAGUGGCAGCAGCUGGCCAAACCGAACCUGGGAGGCAUCCUACAUCCACGCCCAGGGGUCCUGACUAAAGACUUCAGGGAGCUAGAGGUGGACAUACAGCACGUCUACAGUCUGAACGACCUGGAGGAGGAUGAGCUGGACCUGUCACAGCUGUCUGGAGCUCAUGGCAUGGUCUCCCCAUCAGGUCCCAACCUCCCUCAGACCUCUCCCACACAUACCAUUACCACCUGCCAAGUCCACCAACCCUCCAUCCUCAUCCCCUCCUUCUCCACUAGCCUUCACUCUUUCGCCCUGCCACCUUGUCGGAACUGUGAGCACGUAAGCACUUCGACUCCUUCCCACCAGCAGCCCUUUGGCUGGGGAGGACAAACCCCCCCCACAACCGUACCCUCUUCAUCACUGGGACUCCUCGAGCUGCUGCAAGAGCGCGGCAUCUCCGCCUCUUCCAAUCCUCACCACAACCUGCACUACAGCCACCCCACAAAAACUGCAUGCUCCACAGUAAAACACAAAGACGGAGACUCGUCCGCGGACAGACAGGGAAGACAGAACACUUUUAGCUUGAACCUGGUGGAGAAACUUCAGAGUCUCGGGCUGCACCGAGUGGCAGCCUUGGGGAUGAUGGGCCGCGGUGGCAAAGCCAGAGAAUCGUCCCAACAUCCUCCCAAAGUGUUCACCACUCUCUCUCAUUCACCGUAGUGACUUUUCAUCAUGCCAUGUGAUUCCCGCUGUGCAGUUCACGGCCCCGCCACUGCAACCGUGUCUUGAAAGCCACAGAAUGUGCUAGAGCCAUACCUUUAGUUGUUGGUAGUGUAUUCUUUUCUAUGAAGAGUAAAUACUUGUUUCAGUGUGAGACAUUUUCAUCUCAGGACAGCCGCCUGAUCACCAGUCUGUUUGAUUCACACCUUUUCUUUGUUUUACACAAAUAAGAAACAUCAUGACGGGAAAAAAAGACUUUUUAUAUCUGUGUUUUGUGGAUUUUACAGUUCUCCCCAUCACUGCUUUUAAAAUCAUCUGUCUUUUUCCAAAGUGAAACACCAGGUAUGUGUAAAUAUUAACAUUGUCCUUUAGGAACAUUAGUAAAAAGAAUACAUGCAGUAUAUUACUGUCGGUUGAAACCACAAACCAAACCGUUGCUGUCACACUGAACAUUUCAGAUGCACUAAAGCACUCUCUGAUCCUGCUGCUUCUACGCUUCUGCAUUGAGAAAAGCAUGUUGUACAUACGAUUGUUUCAUUUGACGAAGACAUCUGCCACUAGCUGGGCCAGAUGAUGACUGAAUCAUAUAAAUAACCUUUCACUUGUCUGGUGCUCGUCACCCACACUCAUGUUGCACUUGCAGUCUCACCUCCGUGCUGUUUAAAGUUCUGUGGACUUUAUUCUAAGCCAAACCUCACGAAAACCAAAAUCAAGACACUGAAUUUUGAAGCAAUAUAUACGUACUAAACAACUGUGCUUGUACAAAUCUGCUGUGUUUCACACCACGUUCAGGAAUUUUGCUGAGAUUUUAAUUAGAUCAAAAAUCACACUGGGCAUUCGAGGUGAUUUCUCAAUGAAUACUUAUUUAAUUAACGCAAGCAGAAGAGUGGCAAUAAAUGUUAAAACAGCACCUCUCUGAACAAUCAACUGUAGCAAAAAAAAGGCAUAGGAUACCGUGGAUUUAAAAGGGAAGAAAUGAUGUUAAACCAUGUUAGAAUAUCAUUUGUGUUCUGACUUAAAUCAACCAAACUGCUGUUCUCUGCACUACUGUUUGCUAUAGUCUGGUAGCAUCACUGCUGUACUUGUCAGUGCGUGUAUAAAUUGUGAAUAAAACUUUACAUUCA